ACUUCUUCGGGACGGAACCUGACAACGCGAAGACAUCUGUUAAAACAUCACAGCCAAUGUUUGAAGCGCAUCCUCGCAGAGCGCAACCCAGCUGAGUCGAUAACUUUUAACAAGAGAGAAAACCCAUCAUGAGGGUUCUCCGCGCCAUCUUGCUUGGAUGUGCGCUUCUCGUUCCAGCUACCAGUUCAGAUGACAGCAGUGAGAAGCAGACAAAAAUGGAGCACAACCUUCUCCAGAUACUGGCAGAUGGUGACAUGGAGAAGCAACACGAACUUUCCGAGAGGGUGGAGGACAUCAUUUAUGAACUCAAGAACCUAGCAGCAGACAACGAUGAAGAACAAGAAGACAUGAACAUGUCGGAGAAGAGUCUUCCACUGGAUGAUAACAGUAGGGAGGAGCAGUCAGAAGUUGACAUGUUGGAGGACAACCUUCCCAGGGAACUAGAAGAUGACAGCAGCGAGGAACAGGAAGAAAUGGAUAUGCUUGAGGAGAACACUCCCCAGAUGUUGCCAGAUGACAUGUACAAGAGCGGGGAGCAGGAAAAAUUCUUAGAGUAUCCGGAUCUGUUGGAGGACAACCUUCCCCAGAUGUCGGCAGAAGAAGAUGCUCUUGACCUUGGGGUAGUGGAUGAUGCUCAGACUCCUGCUGUCGCAGAAGACAAAAACGAUAUUGACCUUCGCGGGGUAGCUGUCGAUGGACUAAUGAAAAAUGAAGGAUGUGAAGGCCAUAUGGCAGAAGAACAGUGGGGUUCAUCGAAUAAUACCAACUGCAUCUGUGGAGGAUCAGACCGCCUCUGCUAUCGUGUUGACUGUCUUCCUGGUUCUGAGAUCGAAAGUGACUCAAAUGGUCUCUGGAAAUGUAAAGUUGACUUGAACAAAAGAUACAUAGCAGACAGCAGCGAUGAGCAGGCAGAAGUUGAUAUGCUACAGAACAACAUUCAACGGAUGUUGACAGGAGAAAAAGCUGCUCUUGACCUUAAGGCAUUAGAUGACAGCAACGAAAAUCAAGCAGAGGGGGGCAUCCUGGAGAAUAGCCUUAAACAGAUAUCGGCAGAAUCAAUUCCAGUGCUGCAUGAUGGAGAAAAGCGGUUUGAAAUAACUUCUGCAAUUGCUGCUAGCGCUACUGGUUUUGAAAAAGCAUUCGACGCAAUUACGGAGAUUUUUGGCACAGUUGGGUUCAUUAUGGACCACAUGGAGUCUGCACAAACGGCACAGCUUAAUGAAAUACAAGAUCAGACCCGGGAGCUGAACAGGAAGGUGGGAGAAUUAACACGAAGCGUCAGCGACCUACAGCUUGGGCAGCAGUACCUUCGCCAACAGAUCCUGUACGUCGUAGACGAACACCGACUGAGUAACAUGCUGGACACACUUGCUAGCAUGCAAACAAGAUAUGGAAAGUAUGUGGGCAGCAACAUUCAAGUGUGGGCAGACAGCGUCCUGAGUCCCGCUUCAGACAGAAUCAGACAAGUAUUGUUCGAUCUUUUGAACAUGGUAAAACCACAGUCGGAAGUCUUUGGCGGAAGAAGUCUCUUUGAAAUAUAUCGUCUACAACUUGAAGGAAACCCGAAAAGGUAUACUGUAAAGAUGCCUCAGUUAGUCGCACAGGUCUAUGGGCUCAUUGGAGGUGGAUAUACUGUGUGGACUGCAGCCUUGAGAAUAAAGGGGCGUACAAAUGACAUUCCAGCUAAGGUACGAGAGGGGCAAGAAAAGCUGAAAGACGUAGAACAAAGCCUACAAAAUUACGUGACUUAUGGUGACUCCCAGAAGAUAACUUUUCCUACUUCACGCAGUACCAGUAACUAUGCCAGAAUGUGGUCAGAAUUUCCACGUGACCUGAGUAGUUUCACUCUAUGUCUGCACAUGCGCAGCCCAGGGAACUCCAACAAAUAUAUGGGACUGGUCAGCUACGCUGUAGGUGGUCACGACAACGAGAUACUCGUACUUAAGGACAAUGCAAAUCGUUUACGUAUAUGGGUAGAUGGCAAAAUGGUUCGCACAUCUCCCUUGCCUGUGUGGAAUGGUGCCUGGCAUAUGUUAUGUACCACCUGGAGCAGCUCCAAUGGAGCUUGGCAGGUCUAUGUUGACGGUAAGCGUAUGAAUUCAGGCUCGGGACUCAGAAAAGGAGGCAGGGUGAACCCUGGCGGCACAUGGAUCCUCGGGCAGGACCAGGAUACAGUCGGAGGAGGAUUCGACGCGUCUCAAGCGUUCAUCGGAGAUCUGUCGCAGGUGAACCUCUGGAACCGCGUGCUGUCAUCAGCUGAAAUCAGGAAACAAUGGCCAAAGCCCUGUGAACACAAUGGCAACGUGAUUGACUGGACAACAACUCUCAUUGUCAUGGGCGGGCAAGUCGCCCGUGGUGCUCAUUCUUACUGUCAACGUGACUUGCAGAAGAUGACCUUCCCUACUUCGCGAAGUACCAGCAACUACGUCAAGCUGUGGUCGACUUUGCCACGUGCCUUGAGUAAUUUCACUCUAUGUCUGCACAUGCGAAGCCCAAGGAACUCCCACACAAAAAUGGGACUGGUCAGCUACGCUGUGGGAAGCCAUGACAACGAGAUACGCUUAUAUAAAGACGAUGCAAAUCGUUUACAGAUAUGGGUAGAUGACAAAAUGGCUAAGACAUCUCCCUUGCCUGUGUUGGGUGGUACGUGGCAUGUGUUAUGUACCACCUGGCGCAGCUCCAACGGAGCUUGGCAGUUCUACUUUGACGGCGUGCUUAGGAACUCAGGCUCGGGGCUCAGCAGAGGAGGCAGGGUGAGCACUGGCGGUACAUGGAUCCUCGGGCAGGACCAAGACACAGUUGGAGGAGGGUUCGACGUCUCUCAAGCAUUCAUCGGAGAUCUGUCGCAGGUGAACCUCUGGAACCGCGUGCUGUCAUCAGCUGAAAUGAAUGACCAGGCAGCGUCAUGUGAACGCCAUGGCAACGUGAUUGACUGGGCAGACACUUUCUUCGACAAGCGGGGAAAAGUUAUCUCUAGUGCUUAUUCUCCAUGCAAACAAUGAGCCCAGUGGGUUGACGACUACACCAUUUCCUGACAGCGCGGUUAAUUGUCCUCAAGAUACAGUGCUGCAGCUUCUUCUAUGUAUUGUCUAUUAGGACAGUAUUAUUCCGCAUAGCCUUUGCAAACUAUCAUCUUCAUGUACAAUGUUUACUGCACUUGGGUAGUUUUUGCUUCAUAUGAACGAAUUAAUGUCUGCUACUUUGAUCAAGUUAAAAGUUAACAUUCGAUUUACUGACUGAACUGUACUUUGGUCAUCAUAAAAAUGUGUUUCCAAGGUGAUACAUUUCAUAGUCCUUUGAUUUCCUUGUGUGCGUGUUCAGCCUUUUACUAACUCUGCAAAGGUCGGUCAUUCUAAAGUCAGUGAGUCAACGUAACUUUUUAAUACCUUUAGAAGCUUUCCAUCAUGUUUCCUAUAAAUUCUAUUUUCCAUGCUAUUGCCAAAUUUAGUUGCACAUGUAAUCCAAGACUUUACUUUUGGAAGGUAUUGGGAUAGAAAUUGCGAUUUUGUUCUGGAGCUAGAUGAUUUUCACAACAACAUACAUAGCUUUAUGACUUCUUAUUACUUUUUUUAGAUGUAGGCACAAAAUGUCCCUCUAAUGACAGAUAUCAUAUCAAGCUUACUCGGUAAAAAAGUUGGUCACAUCCAGGUUAUGAUUUUUAAAAUAAGCAAGUAUUGGAAUGGUGAUUCUGUCAUAGAGGUAGACGCUGUGCCAUUAGAAUAUAUAUAGCUGGAAUAAAUAUUAAUGUUUUAGGUACAGACACACAAUGUCCUUCGUAUGACAUAAUCGUACCAGGUUUACUUGGUCUUAAUUUGAUAACAUCCAGAUUGUGAGUUUUCCUUAAUGUUAGGAAGAUUGCAUAUAUUGAAAUGGCGAUUCUGUCAUAGAGGUAGACGCUGUGCUAUAGACU